AAAACAGAAGUAAACGAUUCUGUAAGAGAAACAGACGAAACCUCAUAUCAAAAGAGUCGGAGACUUGCAGGUUUCGUGUGGAACAAACCCUUCCCUUCCCUCUCUCUCUGUCUCGACUUGAUUGAAUGAGAAACCCUCCUCCUCCGUCACUGCUCUCCCUCACCGUCAAGGCCGCCGUGUUAAACAUCUCACGCAUCAACGAUCUAUCGCACCUUCCUGAUCACAUCGUCCUUGAUCUCUUCGAGGGGAUAUUGAAAGCUGGGAAAUUGAAUGAGAGAGUUUUGAGAGUCUUUAUGGCAUCUGGAAACGAAGAUGUUCUUGCUUAUAUCGACGCACUUAAGAUUAAAAUCGACCUUACUCCCAUUGUUCCUACUCGAUGUGAUGAGGAAUUUAUAAUGAACUGGACUAGACGCUAAGUUGAUUUAUGAUGAUGGCGAUGACCGGUGUUUGGAAGCUCUUGAUCCUAUGUGUUAGAAAAGGUCGGUUUCCUAAUUGUAUAUUUCGGAUCAACAAUCUUAGAGAAGUGAAGAUAACAUUUACAGAUUGAAAGUCUGUUUCUUCUUCUUUUUUCUUAUUGUGUGUAAAUAUUAACAGAAAUGUUUUUUUUUUUCCCGUUCCCAUGAAGUCGUUAUGGAAUCUUGGAAGCUUAUUAUUUGCUGCA